AACCGAAUCAUCUCCACCAAUAUAUAGACGUCGCGGCCGCCAGCCUUGCCCUCGCACGCCUUGGCCGUUGACGACCGUGCGACCCGGCCUCGCCCGUCCCUGCGUUCGCCCAAUCGAGUUACGCAUCCUGAGAGUACGCGACGGCCCAAGGCGUCGCAUCGGCGCAAUGGACAAUUCGAAACCGCAACGUAGUCCUUAUCAGUUGCCAAGGCGGCGGCAUGUACUGCACUUGGGGGUCUUGUGGAAUAGCCCUGGCGCUGGCGUUAGAACGUGUGGAGUCGCAGGCUUGGGUCUUCGGAACCGCUUUGCCUUGGAGCUGGGAAAUUUGGGGACGGUUGAGUCAAGGGAUAUGUAUAUAUGAGGGCUGGCAUGCCCCCCCUGCGCGAGGAAUCUUGUUCAAGCGGUAUCGAAGAGUCGAUAGCUGAGCACGUCAAGAAAGCAGAUCGACGCAGGCACCAUGUCGACGAUUGAACUGACACCCCCCGAGUACGACCCGGCGAAGCCCAACGGUGGCAACUCGCUGGACGAGGAUGUGAACGCCCAAUAUGCCGGCUUCGAGUACCACUACGUCUACCUGAUGAUCAUGGGCUUCCUCGUCUGGCUCAUCAUCCCCGGUAUCGGUUUCCUCUACAGUGGUCUGGCGCGCCGCAAGUCGUCGCUCUCCCUGCUCUUCCAAUCCUUCGCCGUCUGCGCAGUGGUCUGUUUCCAAUGGAUGUUCUGGGGCUAUUCAUUGGCCUACUCGCGCACCGCCAACUCCUUCAUUGGUGACCUCGCCAACUUCGGUAUGAAGGACGUCAUGGCCGCUCCCUCCCCUGGUUCCGCCGUGAUCCCGGAGAUCGUCUUCUGCCUUUACCAAAUGUUCUUCUGCAUUUGCACGGUGGUUCUGGUCAUCGGCGGAAGCUUCGAGCGCGGUCGUAUACUGCCUUCCAUCAUCUUUGCCUUCUGCUGGGCGACCAUCGUCUACUGCCCAAUUGCCUGCUGGACCUGGAAUUCCAACGGAUGGCUGUACAACCUUCCUUCUCUCGACUUUGCCGGGGGUGGUCCCGUCCAUGUUGCUAGCGGCUGGGCCGCUCUCGCAUAUGCCUUCGUUCUCGGAAAGCGCGUCCACAAGGGUGACAAGGUCCACGGCAAGCCUCAUAAUACCACCCUCGUAUUCAUUGGUACCUGCUUCAUCUGGUUCGGAUGGUUCGGCUUCAACGGCGGCUCUGCCCUCAACGCGUCUCUCCGCUCGAUGAUAGCCGCUUUCAACACGAACACAGCUGCGUGCUUUGGCUGCUUGGGCUGGAUCCUUGUCGACUUCAUCCGCAGCAAGGGCCACUUCAGCCUUGUCGGUGCCUGCUCCGGUGUCAUUGCUGGGCUCGUUGGCAUCACGCCCGCAGCUGGUUACGUCUCUGUGUGGAUCGCCGCUCUCAUCGGUUUCCUUACUGGCGCCAUCUGCUCCGCCGCCAAGGACGUUGACAAGCUGCUGCGCAUUGACGAGGGCAUGGAUGUCUUCAAGCUACACGGCAUCGGCGGCAUGUGCGGCUCCUUCUUCACCGGCAUCUUCGCGCAAAAGUGGGUUUCCGCGCUCGACGGCGCCUCCGAGUACUCCGGUGCCCUCGACGGCGUCGGCGUCCAGGUCGGUCGCCAGCUCGCUGAGAUCUGCGCUAUCUCUUCAUACUCUUUCGUCGUCACUUGCAUCCUGCUGUACGCGCUCAAGUACAUUCCCUUCAUGCACUUGCGCGUGAGCGAGGAGGCGGAGAUGAUUGGUCUGGAUCUUGACCAGUUCUUCGACGAGCAGAUUGGUGACUGGAGUAUGAUGGAGCAGCAUGCGUAUGAGGGUGUAAGCGUGAACCACAGCAGCUCGAACAGCGUCAAGGUGGAGAAGGGGUCUCCUAAGUCGGCGUAGCUAGAUGCAGGUGUGCGGCACAGUGUUGAAGCGGUGGAAUCUUGCGUUUGGUGGUUGAGAUAAGGGGUACAUAGUGCACUCUCACUCCUUGUCCCAGCUAGACCUGAGCUUUUCAG